UCUUGUGUUGAGCGAAGGAAGCGGAGCCGUUAGCGCGAGAGCUGCACUGACAGCCGACAGACUGUCAAACAAACCAUCGCUCUGCUCCCGACAGACUGCGUUAACAUCAGAAACAGAGAGCAAACAUGCGUUACGACGUGUCAAGAUGUCUAUCCGAUGUGUUUCGCGGAGGAUAUGUGCUUUUGAAGACGGCAGAGCGCUAAAAACGGACGGCGCCUCAGAGUCCCGCGACUGGAGAGUUUCAACUGCGAGGGCGGCCUUGAGGGAAACUCUCACUCCGGGACAUGGCCUUCGUUUAGGCCACGGAGGAUAAACACACGGGCUCGGAAGGAUUAAACACAGCUGGAAUAAAGCUGUCCUUGUGUUUGGAGCUUCAGGAGUUUCAGUUUGAAGGAUUUAAAGGACUAAAAAUGGCUCGAUGAGGACGGAGCUCUGAGGGAGUCUUGCGUUAGCGUGACGCUAACUGAAAAUUACAUGACAUAUUUUCAUAUACAAUGCGUUGCUACGCUUAUAUUUGAGCUGUGCCCUGCACUUUGACGCGUUGGGAUACACUUAAAGCUGUCAAAAUGUCUAAAAUGCCAUCAAAAAAGAAGAGCUGUUUUCAGAUCACCAGUGUAACGCAGGCUGCGCAGGUGGCGGCCAACAGCAACACUGAUGACCCCGACGACCCCAGGACUGAGGACAUGUCCUCAUCCGAGAUAUACGACACGUCCAAAGCUGGAGAUUUCGAGCCGGAGACGUGUGAUGUCAGUUUAUCGGAUGAAUCGCUACAUAACGAGGCCGAAACAUCUGGGGCGAGCGCCCAAGAUGCUCCCAUAACGAACAUACCUGGUUCUCGCAACGCAAGUGCGGUUCAUAUAAACCCACCUGUCCGUUCAGUCAGUGGGUCUGUAUCUUCCCAGUCUUCGGUUGCAUCUAAUGCACCAUCCAGCAUCCAGACGUCAUCAGUUAGCAGUUCUGCCACAGUAAGUAGCUGCAGCUCCCGUUUCAGGGUCAUCAAAUUAGACCAUGGCACAGGUGAACCCUUCAAAAGAGGUAGGUGGACUUGCACCGAGUUUUACGAGCGAGAUACGGACGCUUCCUCGUCUGGCCGGACUGUGGAUAGUGUUAAACACGCAAGUGCCGCGGAUCACAGCGCGGACAGGGACGGACUAGGAGUCACCAGAGGUUCAGUGGCUGUGCAUGUUGGGUCUUCAACAUCUGCAGCAGAACCUCAUACAGAUAGUGGCUACUUAUCUGCACCAUCGAACCCGCCUGUGGAGCUUCAGCAACAAACCCUAGGCAUCUCGCAGCAGGGAUUAGGGCUUGUAGCCCAGAAUAACCAUAUCAAAUCUCCAAGCAUGCCUUUGGCAACUCAACCACAGCCAUUUUUCCCAGGCAAACAGAUGCAGAAACCUGGGCAGAUUCAUCAGAGUAUUAUUCCAUCGAAUCAGUCCCAGACGGUCUCGGUGGCUUCGCUUCCGCUCGUGACCCCAUUAAACCAGGGUCCGUCACCUGUCAUGACUCCGGCAGCGGGAAGCACCGCUCACGUGCUUGAAUUACUUCCCCAGCCCGUGGACGGCAGAGGGCUUCCCAUCAGCCAGCCGGAGCAUGUUCUGGGGCUUUUACAGCAGCAAGGCAUCAGCACGGCUCUAGGGACCAUGACGGCUGCAGCUGUUGUACAGCAGGCACCGGUGCCGCUCAUUCAGCCGGCGGUAACCGUGUCUGUCUGCGCCCUUGCUGGGGUCCCUGGUGUGCAAAAUGUGCCUGCUGUUAUGUCCAGUGCCUCUAAUGCCCUCCAAAGCAUGCCAAAACAGACGCAGCAGAAUCCGACUCAGGGAGUCCACGGCGGGUCGCUAGAAGGACUGGGUGCGCAGACGACCCCCGCUAACUUUAGCCAGUUUCCCACCGGCGUCGCCCAGGCCAUGGAGAACCAGAGGAAGCCCGACGGGCUGCUCCAGAGCUCUGUACUCAUAGGAAAAUAUGCCAUCAAACCCCUGAAUCCCGAGGGCUUGCAGCUUCACACACCUGCUGUCAACAGCCUGUUUGGAAUGGCUAUACCCAUUGAUGGGGAUGAGGACAGUGCCUCUGGCGCCAGUGUUGUGGCCAUUGAUAACAAAAUAGAGCAAGCUAUGGAUCUUGUGAAAAGCCAUUUAAUGUACGCCGUGCGCGAGGAAGUGGAGGUCUUGAAGGAGCAGAUCAAGGAGCUCUAUGAGAGGAACUCGCUUCUGGAGAGGGAGAACGCAGUAUUAAAAUCUCUGGCCAACACUGAUCAGCUGACCCAGCUCACCUCUCAGCACAACAACCUCGGCAGCACUUCACCCCAACAGACGGCGGUCAACGCCAUCCUACAGGAAGGAAGCAAACUUGUGGCCUUGCCCCCGCAACCCAACGUGUCCACAGCGUGAAGACCAUAAAAAACAUCCAAUCUGCAAAGGAGAUUUUGGUUUGCCACUUGCGGAGAGCCAUGCUUCGUUAUACGUGCUGCUUGGCUUUCCCUGUAUUAGACAAUCAUUUUGGGAGAAGCAAAUUUGGCUCCACGAUGGGUGCGGUAGCUUUCCGUGGGAAUGGGCUGCUGGCAGGCGCGGGCGAAUGCGAAAGAGUUCAGUAGAAAAGUGGAGAUUUAGCAGGAAGCUAAACAGCGAUUUAGAUCUGGAAACGGAGAGCAACUACCGUGGAAAGCUUGGGAGAGCCUACAGCAUCUGUUUAGUUUUACUGUUUGCAUAUAUUUAUUAGAGGGCUGCUAUUUUCAUAAUGUAAAUGAACGAUGUAACAGAGAUCUAUUAUAUAUAUAUAAAGAAACGUUCUUUUGGUUUCUGAAAUGUAAGUUUAACAAGGCAAUAAUGUCCCCAUGGCACAGUUCCAACACUAAAAGUGAUUCAACAGCAUUGCUGAUACGCAGUCCUGUAUAGUUGAGUUGGUUCGGGGUUGAAUGUACAUGUGUAUAAAUUGUGAAGUAUUAAAGUAUAGCCAGGUGUACAGGUGAGCAGCCGUUAUCAAGUAUUUUUCUUUCGGAUUUUAUUAAGUGUACUCGCUAUACUUCCCCUAAGUACUUAAAUUCUGGCUUUUCAAUUCGUUUUGUAUUUUCAGUUCGGGAUGGGGUAAGAAGCUGUGAAUUAGUUCGUACAAUGUAUUUGUAACCAAAGAAGAAAUGCGGUGUACAUUUGUUUUGUAGCACACAUUUUCUUGUUUGUUUGCGCUUUUUUUUUUUUUUUUUCUACUUCGUCACCUUUUGUUUCUGAUUAGCAUGUGCUGCAUGAUCUAUCAAGACUAUUUUCUUACCUCAUGUUUUU